AAAAGAAAUCUUUCUACAUAAACCGCCACGACGCCCUCCUCUUUAAACUUAGGAUUACCCUACCGCUCCAAACGAAAGUCUUGGAACUGCCGACUUGCAAAGACGUCAUCGACCACGCACGAUUGUUCGAACAAAUUCUUCGCCAGUGCUCCAGACUCUGAUUUCAACCACCACCACCUCACCAAUUCACCUCAGUGAUCUCAGCAUGUCGAAUUUGAUGCCAAAAAGCGACUCCUUCAAUGCCCGUGCUCGCGGUACAAGUCAUAUCGACUUCAAAACGGCCACGACUGGAGUCGCUGCCAAGGCGAUGCGCAAUGAAAUUAGCCGCAUUGUUUCGACAGUUGAAGACCCAGCAACUAAGAAGGCUUUCGACACAGAGAUGCAAUCCUUUUUCUACCUUUUCACGCGUUAUCUCUCUGAGAGAGCAAAGAGCCAGGAUCUCGAUUGGGAUCGCAUCAAGUCACCCGCUGAGGAGCAGAUUGUUCCUUACGCCAAACUUGUUGCGCCUAAGGACAGCUCAAAUUUGAACAAACUUGCUGUUCUCAAAGUCAAUGGAGGUCUCGGUACCUCUAUGGGGAUGACCGGUGCCAAAAGUGCUCUCGAAGUCAAGGACGAUAUGACCUUCCUUGAUCUCACUGUUCGUCAGAUCGAGCAUCUGAACACUACUAGUCGUGUUGAUGUCCCGCUCAUCCUCAUGACUUCCUUCAACACUCACGAUGACACCCUCCGCAUCAUCAAGAAAUACGCUAAUCAACAGCUGCGUAUCACCACUUUCAACCAGUCAAGAUACCCUCGGAUCCUCAAAGAAUCUCUUUUGCCUUGCCCCAAGCGUGCUGACGACGACAAGAAGAACUGGUACCCUCCGGGCCACGGUGACUUGUACAACGCCCUCCUUCAUUCUGGUGUUCUUGACCAGCUCCUUGCUGAGGGCAAAGAAUACCUUUUCGUGUCCAACUCGGAUAAUUUGGGUGCAGUCGUCGACGAGAAAAUUCUUCAGCAUAUGAUUGAAUCUCAAGCCGAAUUCUUGAUGGAGGUCACUGACAAGACCAAGGCCGACGUCAAGGGUGGUACCCUCAUCGACUACGACGGUUCGAUGCGAUUGCUCGAGAUUGCUCAAGUUCCUUCGGAGCAUGUCGAAGACUUCAAGUCUGUCCGAAAGUUCAAGAUUUUCAACACCAAUAAUCUGUGGGUCAAUCUCAAGGCUCUGAAACACAUCAUGGAGCAUGAGGGAAUGGAACUUGAUAUCAUCAUCAACCCCAAGAUGACUGACGACGGCCAAGGGGUUAUUCAACUCGAAACCGCUGCUGGUGCGGCUAUCAAGCACUUCAGGAACGCACACGGAAUCAACGUUCCUCGCAAGCGUUUCUUACCUGUCAAGAGCUGCUCUGACCUCCUUCUGAUCAAGAGUGAUAUCUACUCUUUGAGCCACGGUCAACUUGUUAUCAACGAGCAACGAAUGUUCGAAACAACGCCUGUUAUCAAAUUGGGUGAUCAUUUUAAGAAGAUACAACAAUUCCAGAAACGCUUCAAGAAAAUCCCUAAAAUCAUCGAGCUCGACCAUCUUACUGUCACAGGUGACGUCUACUUCGGUCGUAACGUUACGCUAAGAGGCACUGUCAUUGUGGUUGCCAACGAAGGUCAAAGGAUUGACAUUCCUGACGGCUGCAUUCUAGAGAACCGUCUCUUGUCUGGUAACUUAAACAUGAUAGAGCUAUAAGUCGACCUUCGUUGUGGUUUAUCUCUGAUACCCUGAAUUGGCUUUUACCUAGAAGUGUGUAUGGCUGUAAGAACUCGAAACCGACGGACAUUAUAAUAUGAUUACCAAGUUAUUACUGAUAACGCUGUGAGACCAUCCACGACCUAGUUUGUCUUUUUCCUGUACCAACUUCGAACCGACUGUUCUUACAAUGUACGGUGCCCACAAGUCCUCAGUAUUUCGAAGCGAGUAUGUACUCUAGGAAGCUC